AGAUUCACAAGAAAAAAGAGAUCCUGUUCCAUAGUGUGCAAUGAGCACUGCGACGGUCACUUACCACAAACUACCGCCGAUUUCCGGAUGGACUCCGAACGAACACGAGCGCGAUGCGCAGAUGAGAAAUGCGCCAAAUCCUCAACAAGGCGCUUACCCUGCAGGGCAAGAAUUCGGCGGAGAAGAAGUGAAAUGGUCGCACUAUCUUGCACAAGAGCGAUUUCAUGAUCAGCUUGUCCAGACUCCCGCUCAGCCACCGACACGGAAACCGCGCGGGUCCAAAUGUAGAGCUCCAACCUUGGCGUUGCCCGGUGAAGAGCUAUGCCUUGUUUGUGGCGAUAAAGCGUCAGGAUAUCACUACAACGCUCUGACUUGCGAAGGAUGUAAAGGAUUUUUUCGACGUUCAAUAACGCGACGAGCGGUCUACUACUGCAAAUUUGGACAAACAUGUGACAUCGACAUGUACAUGAGGAGAAAAUGCCAACAUUGCAGACUUGAAAAAUGCAUGAGAAUAGGAAUGAGAGCUGAACUGGUUAUCCCCGAAGAGCAAUGCCGUAUGAAGAGAGAGGCGAAAUUACGGCAACGUUCGAACACGCGAGAAGGAACGGAACUCCCAUCACCAUCAUCUACUGAUCUCCCACAACUUGGCUCUGAUUUGACUGUAGAGCACGAGCUCUCACCUGAAACCAGCGAACUCAUCUCGAGGAUCACAUCUACAUCGCAGCAAGCGGCACUGGUCAGAGAUGAGGCCAUGGCAUCACUUUCGACCUCUGCCUCCUCGUCAGCUUUUCAACAAUUGGCCGAGUUGACAAUCCUGGAGGCGCAACACGUGCACGAAGUGAUACGGCAGUUGCCGGGAUUCUCUCGUCUUUGCGAGGAAGACCGGAGAACAGUGCAGAAGGCUUCAAAGACUGAAAUCCUGAUAUUGCGAACAGCAAGAAGAUACGACGUUUCCGAGCGCUGCUUAUAUCUUGGGCAUGACCGCUAUACAUUCCGGUACGACUUGCAAAGAUAUCGGGAAGCUGGGAUGGCUCCUUUUGCAGACUUUGUAUUCGAUCUGGCACAGAGACUAGCUGAAUUAGGACCAGAUCAGGCUGAGAUGUUGCUUAUGGAAGCGUUGAUUGCCUUCUCGGACAGACCCGGUCUGACAGACGCUCGCAGGUUGCAAGAAACUCAGGAAGUUUAUAUGGAUGCCUUGCAGCAGUGCACAGAUGUGAGAAAACCAAAAGACUCCACACGUUACCAUCGUCUUCUUGCACUUCUUGCAGACCUGCGACGAUACUGCAUAGAGCAUGUGGAUGCGUCUACCUCAAACCAUGACUACGACAGCGUCAUGGAUGUGAAGCCAGAGAAGGCAAUGUUGGAGCAGAUCAUGCAAAAUAAAGGCCCAAAUUUUACCAUGUACCAUAUCCCUCGCUGACGCAGGAAGUAUAAGCUUGCCUCUUUCUAUGUAGAUAUCUCCCAGGGUUCUCAAGUUUCGGUUGUUGAUUUAUUACUGGUUGGAAAAUUAAAGUGCAG